UCUAUGCAGAUAUCUGGACGGGUGAGAGGUACGCUUGCGCGCGCGGUGCACAGCGGGACAGCCUUAUAACCGUUGGGCGCCGCGCUCAACCUUUCACCCGACGCUGUUUGACGGCUUAAUACGGAAGUGCGAUGGCGGAGGGGCAGGGCGGCGGCGGCGGCUUACAGUCUGCUGCCCACCGGAGGCUACGGAUCCUCUCGGGCCACCUGCGGAGCGCUUCGGAGACGCACCUGUCCGCCACCCAGUGCCGAGGGCGAGCAGCCACGGGGCCGCCGACGCCGGCGGGAUCUCAGCCGAGCACCUUCCCUAAGAGGCGGCAAGAAGUUUUUAAAUGGAAUGGAUGGGGAUACAAUGACUCAAAAUUCAUUUUCAAUAAGAAGGGACAAGCAGAAUUCACAGGAAAAAGGUACCGGCUAGGUGGUAUGACACUGCCUCUUUUGAGAGAAUGGAUAGAGAAAAACCUUGGUGGAAGUCUGGAGCAUAAAAUUACCCCAAGAGCAUCCUUAAAUGUUAGUGAUGUACCUCCCUCCAUUACAAAUGAAGAAUUUCUCCAAGAUCUCCAAGCUGCUAAAAUCUCGUACUCUCAAGAAGCAGACGCUAGGGUAUUCAGAGCUCAUGGUCAUUGCCUACAUGAGCUGUUUUUGCUCAGGGAAGGAAUGUUUAAACGAAUUCCUGAUGUAGUUGUGUGGCCAGAAUGUCAUGAUGAUGUAGUUAAAAUUGUGGAAAUAGCCUGCAAACAUAGUGUUUGUAUCAUACCAUAUGGUGGAGGAACAAAUGUUUCUAGUGCUCUUGAGUGUCCUGCUGAUGAGAAAAGAAUGAUUGUUUCAUUGGACACCUCACAAAUGAAUAGGAUUCACUGGAUAGAUGAGAAAAACUUAACUGCUCAUGUCGAAGCUGGCAUUGUUGGACAAGACUUGGAAAGACAGCUGGGUGAAAGUGGUUACUGUACAGGCCAUGAACCAGAUUCAAUGGAAUUCAGUACUCUUGGAGGCUGGGUGGCAACACGAGCAUCAGGCAUGAAGAAAAAUAUUUAUGGAAACAUUGAAGACCUGGUCAUUCAUAUAAAAAUGGUAACCCCAAGAGGUGUAAUACAAAAAAGCUGUCAAGGACCACGCAUGUCAACAGGACCUGACAUCCAUCAUUUCAUCUUAGGAUCUGAAGGAACCCUUGGAGUGGUAACAGAAGUUACAAUAAAAAUUCGACCAGUCCCUGAAUACCAAAAGUAUGGCUCUGUAGUAUUUCCAAACUUUGAGCGAGGGGUGGCUUGUUUAAGAGAAAUAGCAAAACAGCAAUGUGCUCCUGCAUCCAUUCGCCUUAUGGACAAUGAACAAUUUCAGUUUGGACAUGCUCUUAAACCACAAGUUUCUUCAAUUUUUACAUCACUUUUGGAUGGUUUGAAAAAAUUCUACAUUACAAAGUUCAAAGGAUUUGAUCCCAAUCUGUUAUGUGUUGCUACCUUGCUUUUUGAGGGCGACAGAGAGAAAGUUCUUCAGCAUGAAAAGCAAGUUUAUGAUAUUGCUGCAAAAUUUGGCGGUCUAGCAGCUGGAGAAGACAAUGGACAGAGAGGGUACAUGCUAACAUUUGUCAUUGCUUACAUUCGGGACCUAGGCAUGGAUUAUUAUUUAAUAGGAGAAUCAUUUGAGACAUCUGUUCCCUGGGACAGGGUUCUAGACCUUUGCAGAAAUGUAAAGGAAAGAAUAGUGAGAGAAUGUAAAGAAAGAGGUGUUCAGUUUGCACCUUUUGCUACCUGUAGGGUGACACAGACCUAUGAUGCUGGUGCGUGUGUCUAUUUCUAUUUGGGCUUUAACUACAGAGGAUUAAGUGACCCUGUUCGUGUUUAUGAAGAAGUAGAGAUGGCAGCUAGAGAAGAAAUCCUUGCUAAUGGAGGAAGCUUGUCGCAUCAUCAUGGAGUGGGCAAGUUACGGAAGCAGUGGCUGAAAGAGAGUAUCUCUGAUGUUGGCUUUGGCAUGCUGAAAUCUGUCAAACAAUUUGUGGACCCCAAUAACAUCUUUGGAAACAGGAACCUUUUAUAAGCCUGUUUGUGGUCCAAACUGAAAUUACAAAAAGUAAUUGUUUUGAAUUUCAUGACUAUCCCAGUAUCCAAAUAAUAGCAUGGACCCAAAUUGAAAGCUGCUUACUUCUUACAUCUUUUAUUUCUUCAAUUAAACAUUACUCAUAGUACACUUCUACAGACUACUUCUAAAUGUUUCACAUACAACCAGCCAAAAGUAUACUAAUGUCAGUCUAAUAAAUAACCUGUUUGGAUGGCUUUCCUGCUACAGUGCAAGAAUAUUCAAGGUUGACACUAGUGUUUUGGUCAUAGGAAACACUCUUCAUAGAAAAGCACUUCUGGGAAGCAGAUGAAAAAUAGGUUUAUUUAUAUAAAAUGGGCUUGUCUAUUGAAAGGGUCCAGAUGGGAAAAUGAACGCCAUGCUGCAAUUUUUUUUAAAAAAAGCAACAGUUUUGCCUUCCCAGUCCCCUAUCUGAUAGUAUUGAAAAUGUUGAUUAACAAAAAUGUGGUCUAAAUUGCAUUUGUAACCGUACUUAAUGUCCUAAACAAUACUUACUGACCCGGAAGAGUAUACAUUUCUUUUUGGAUAUUGGAGAAACUUUGCUAUAUAAAAUGUAAGUCCAUCAUAAUUUUACCCUGUUAAAUAGUCUGCAAUUAUUUUACAGGGCAAAAAUUUUCAAGCAGGAAAAAAUGGUCCUGUUAAUUGUUUCUCCAGAAGUGUAGUAACAAAAUUUGAGCCAUAUCAAAUCUCAAAAGUAGUCCUUUUUUUUUAAUGGUUAGAUAGAAGUGUAAUGAUUUCUUUCACAUAAAUAAAAUGUCAGACUUCUAAAAAUAUCAGUAAGCAUUAGAAUGCUUACUUUAAUUUAGCACUUGUUAUCAAUAUAUACAUUCUUAGGGAUAAUUUCUUAAAACAAAUUGGCUUUUUGUGAAAUUUAAAUCUUUAGAAUGUUUAGUGUCACCAGUCCUUUAGCUAGAUUAUGCCCUUUGUGUCUCUUUUUGAAAAUCAGAGCAGUUCUAAGUCUGAUUUCAGUGGGAUUAAACUGUUUCCAAAAAUUGGAGCGCUCUUCAGUCUCUACUCAUCUGAAGAGGGAAAGUGAAUACAAAGGGGCUGCAAAGCUCUGUUUUUAGCUCCACACCCAUCAUCAUGAUGCUUGCUGCUCAUGAGUUCAGUUGUAACCUCUGUAGAGGGGAGAAUUUUCUAUGGACACUUCCCCAUGUCACUUAAAACCCUGGAAAAUUGGGGUUCUGGGUUGUAGAAAAGACUCCCCACAGCAGUAGUUACAGCUACACAUGCAAAUAGCCAGCAUGAGCAUUGCGAAAUGAGGGUGAGGCAAAAAGAUUUCCCUUUGGACUCGCUUUUCCUUUUUGUAUGAGUAACUUUCAAAGGGUUUGGAUAUAUAUGGGUUUAUAUCUGAAAAAGCUUUAAACAAAAAAAACCUUAAAAUGGUGACACGUGUUUUUUAAAAAGUUCAUGUUUACGUCUACUAGCUAUUGGUAACAAAUGUAAAAAUUUAAUACAUAAUUAAACAUAGUACACUGAUUUGACCACCCAACUUUUACUCUUGAAUUUUAACCCCACAUGUUUUUACUGGUCAACAACUCAAAGCAAUAUAUGGUCAAAUCUUAGUUACUGCUUUCAUGUCCUAAAAGCUCCUUCAAAAUAGACAAAUGCACACUAUCUCAUCAUAAUGAGUCACACUUUGCUGUUGGUCUUAACAAAGCCAGGAUUGCAAUACACACACACACACCCCUUUUAAACUUUAAUCCACAGCAGUAAAAGAAAAUUGCAGCAUGAUUGACCCCAAAAAACUAGAGUCUGCUGAAGUCUGUACCCAUAGUAAACAUUAAGACUGAGCCCAACAUUAAGCUUUUUCUUAACCAUGUACAAUAUUAUUGUACAUUAUUGGUAUCAAUCUGGUUACUUAAACACAGGGAAACUCAGUUUUGUUUUGGUAGAAAUAAGAGUGUUUUCAUGUGCCUAAUGAGCACCAGAUCUAGGAUCAAAUAUGUUUCAGGGAAUAAAAUUGCCUUUUUUGAUAGCAAAAGUUUAAUUUCCUGCUUAUUUUUGCUUGUUCUGAUCAAGUUUGUUCUAUCUCCAAAAUCUGUAGCCUCAGUUAUGGUGCUUAAUUGAUUUAUUUUACUGAUUAGAGGUUUUGUAAUCCUUUGUUACUGGAAAUUGCAGAGGGAAAUACCCUAUGGGGAUAUUUGUCAUAAAUUUAUAGAUAAUUAGAUGAGAAGCAGUGUUCAAAUCAUCAAGUAUAAGCUUGUGUCAUGUUCAUACAGGCCUAUCUAACAAAGUAACUGGGCAUAACAAAAGUAGAUAGGCUUUUGUGGAAAGGACACAAUGCACAUUACUGUGAACAUACUGUAAAUUGCUUUACUUAUGUCUAUUUUGCUAAACCUUAUUUUGUUUUCUUUUUGAAAUGGUUAAAUUGUUCAGAGCAUUAGCAAGAGCACCUGUAAAACAUAAACAAGCAUGUGAAUGCUAAUUUAAAAAAAUACAAACUUACCAAAUGGAAAGCUAUUUACUGUGUAUUCAUGGCACUCGCAGCAGGACAAAAAUAUUAGUGAAGGAUCUGCAGGCAUGUCAGAAUGUUCAUUUAAUUUUGUCCUAGUGUCUUUUCACUGAAGUUGUAACACUCAAACUACUCACUCCUGAGGAAGCUUCCAAAGGACCAUGCCUAUGCAGCCAUACACAUGCCAAGAUUCUUUUGGCCUUCAGGAGUGGCAUCUGUGAGAGAUGGCCAGAGCAGCAUGCAACAUGAUACAAAAGGAUGGCCAGAAAUGAAAACAGAGGCACAGGUGGAAUUGUUUUAGGGGUGCACAUAUAGAGUCUUGGCCAUAAUCUGAAUUCCACCCUGCAAGCACUCCUUGCCAUUAUUUUAGCUGAUGUAAAUGAUAUCUGCAGUAUUGCAGUGCACUCAUUGGGGAGGAGCUGAUAUGUAAAAUUUUACCACUGCUUUCAGGCACCCCUUCCAUCUGACCAGAAACAAAUCAGAGGGUAUUCCAGAGGUUCUGUGUUCUUACUAAAAUAUUGGAACCUCACAUUGAGUGCUAGGUGUUCUUUCAGCUCGUGAAACAGCCUUCCUCAGCCACUUAGGAUGGGAAAUGUGUAGACCUCAUUCCAUGCUGUAUGGUAAACCUCUUCGAGAAUUUCCAGUGCAACGUAGUGAGAGUUUUCAGUUCAAAGAAGGAACAACUCAAAUCCCACUGGGCAUACCUAACAGCUGUUUGGAUCCCUAGUAUUUCUUCAAAUUCUGUUAAAAAUUGGAGCUUUGGAGCGGAACCAUGUGUGUGUUACGCAAGCAGAGCAUAAUUCAAAUUUAAAGGACAAUUGGCCAUAUUUUCAUUUACAGUUUUAUUUAACUCUUUGCCUCUGCGUAUAGCCCACAGUAAGGCGGCAGGAUCUAAAGAACUAGGAAACUUGCUCCACAUACCCAAGAGGUCUUGAGUGUUGCUUUAUUAUUCCUGAAUGCAGUUUUCCAUAUCAUAGAAAUAUGAUAUAUGAAACUGAAAGGAGUUUCAGUGGUAGUUUGUGGUGUUGAAGGAGGAAGAGAAUCAAGAAUCGUAUUGGUGAUGUGUAAGCUGCCUGUGUCUAAAAGAAGCUCUUUAGAUUCUGGCUAAGUACCACGUCCUCUUUUUUUGUACAAUUCAAGCCUGUAAAAUAUUAUAUAGACUGUUACAUCUCUCAAUGGGACAUAUAUUUGUGUAUUUUCAGAGAAGGUUAGUUGUAACUUCAAAACAAUGUUCUAAGAUUCAUGGUUUUGUGUUUUUAGUUUAGGAACUGUUUUACAAUAAGCGUGCCUCUUAUUCUAAGGACCAAAGUAUGUUAUGUUAAAUGUGUCUCUGCAUUUGAGUCAUGGUGGUAACUUUCUAUAGCAUAGUAGAGUAGGUGAUCUGGGUCUAGACCGCUGUACAGUAGGGGGUUAAUUUUCUAUCAUCACAGUCCCAAUCCACAUUAGAGCCCCUCAUAGCUUUUUUAAAAUGCUCAUGCAAAGAUAGAUAUAUAGCAUAACAUAUUUUGGGCCCUAUAUCAAAUUUUGUCCACUAUAAUUCUAAGCAACUAAAGAAUACAACUGAGCUUUCUGCUAAUAAUAAUGUUUCUCAUAUACUGAACAAGUAAUUGUACAACUACAGUUAUAAUGUUGAGAUAAUAGAUGCUUAUUAAUGAAAAAGAGUGGUCCUCAAUUUUCUCCUUAAGCUGAUUAAAUUAAUACUUUUUUCAAA